AUGUCACAUGAAAAUCAGCAUCUUUCAACAUAUUUGUCUUAUAUCGCUACUAGGAAAACGAUUAGUAGUCUUGCGACACAUGAAGAUUUCGAACUAAAGAAAUAUUCAGAGUUUUUAAUGAUGUCAAAAGACGUAAGAAAAAUGGUAGGAUCAGAGCCUUUUCCAGAAACAUUUUUUAAACUAAUGAAGAAAGACAUUAAUUUGCCACAAAAAAUAUCAAGUUUAUUAAUCCAAUAUUAUAAAACUGCUUAUGGUGUUUCAACAAUAGAUUCAAUAAUAGUUUUACUGAAAGUUAAACAAUUUGGUAGACUUAGACUUGAAGCUAAAAUUUUCAGUUUGGCAUAUUCAAAAAG